AUGGCGGCAGACUGGGGGGCCAGCCUGGAGCGCCUGUUUGCCAAGAAGGGCGUGGAGGAGCUGAAGACCUCCAAGGCGGUGAAGAAGGUGGUCAAGGCGGCGGCGCAGCACAGCAACCGGUCCGCCCAGGAGCUGAGCAGGCAGCUGGAGGAGUUCCUGCGCAGGGGCGAUGGCGGCUUCAGGCUGGCGGGCAGCAAGAUAGCCCGGGCGCCUCUGCCAGCGCAGAAAUUGAAGAAGAAGAAAGAGAAGGAGAAGAAGAAGAAAAAGGCAAAGGUAUCCGGAGAAACAGCAGCAGCAGCAGACGAGGAGCACGAGGCGCCAGCAGCAGGGGCGGCGGCGGCGGCAGCAGGCGCUGGCCCCGCCAAGAAAAAGCGCAAGCAGCAGCACGGCGCUGAGGGAUCCGCGGCAGCAGAGCAGCAGCUGGAGGCAGGCACAGCCCCUGCGCACGGCGAGCCAGAACAGAAGAAGAAGGAAAAGAAGAAGAAGCGCAAGGCUGGUGAGGGGCCAGAGCAGCAGGAGGAGCCGCAGGAGCAGCAGCAGCAGGAGCAGCAGGAGGAGGAGGAGCCGCAGAGCCGCAAGAAGAAGAAGCGCAAGACGCAGGGCGACGGCAAGGGCGCCGCUGCUGCCGCAGCCGCUGCGCCACGGGGCUGGGAGGACGAGCAGGACGGUGCGGGCGUUCAUGGCGUGGAAUCCGGGGACAAGGAGCGGGACACGGCGGGCAUGCCGUGGCGGCAGAACAACAGCCGCAAGAAGGUGAAGAGCGGCGCCUUCAGCAAGGCAGAGAAGGAUGCCAUCAAGCGAGCAGUGGAGGCAUAUGCCGUGGCUAACGGGCGCAGCACCGACGACUACAGCUGGCUGUACGGCAGCAGCAGGCGCGGAGAGACAAAGGGGUUGUGGAGCAAGAUUGCGGCGGCGCUGCCGCACCGCACCGUCAAGUCGGUAUGGGCUGCGGGCAGCCGCCUGUUCCACGAGGGCAACUACCAGGGCCGCUGGUCGUCGGAAGAGGAUGCCCAGCUGCUGCAGCUGGUGAGCGAGAAGGGGCGGAGGUGGAAGGAGAUUGGCGGCGCGCUGGGGCGCAUGCCCGAGACGUGCCGAGACCGGUGGCUGAUGGUCAGGCUGGGGGAGGACAGGAAGCGGGGGCGGUGGGAGGAGGAUGAGACGGAGCGCCUGCGCCAGGCGGUGCACGACUACCUGGCUGCCAAGGUGGCGGCAGAGGGGCAGGCUGGGGGCGAGGGGGAGGUCACGCUGUCCAUGGCCGACAUCACAGGCGCGGUGGCUGAGCCGGUGGUGGACGAGGAUGGCGCCGCCGCCUUCACCGUCAGCCGGCGAGUGGUGCUGGAUGAUAUUGACUGGAGCGUGGUGUCGGCGGCUGUGGGCACCCGCACCAACAUCCAGUGCCUGGAGAAGUGGUACAGCCAGCUGUCGCCGUCCAUGGUGGCGCGAGGGGAGUGGGGGUCGGGUGACGACCGCCGCCUGCUGCGCGCGCUGUACCUCAGCGGCGCCGCCCACGACUAUGAGCUUGACUGGAGCAGCCUGGUGCGGGGGCGCACUGCGGCGCAGGCGCGCCGGCGGUGGCGCCUCAUGCUCAAGGUGGUGCCCGACCACCGGGACCGCGAGUUUGAGGAGCUGGUGGAGGUGCUCGUGGACAGGUACCUGCCGCAGCUCAAGGAGCGGCGGCGGCAGUCGGCGGGGGAAGGGGACGCGGGCGAGCGCGGCUCGGGUGGGCAGCAGCAGGAGGAGGCCGAGGUGGAGGUGGUGGAGGAUGAGGAGGGGUAG